AUGGAGACCAAACUAAAAGAAGUGUCUCAGGAAGAGCACGACCUGGCUAAGAAGAACCUGAGCUGCGUGACUGAGCUCAAACAGGUGAAGGCCAAAUUGAAACAGGUGGAGGAGGAGAACGAUAAUCUGGCAAAGAUCAACAAAAGCUGGGAGACGGAUGUCAAGCAGCUGAAAGACCAGAUGAGAGAGAAGGAGGACAAGUUCUCCAAAGAUCUGGCCGAAGAACACUUGAGCUGCGAAACCACGGUUCAUCUGAUGGAGAUCAUAUUACAAGAGGAAGAGAAGAAAAGUGACAACCUGGUUCACAAACACCUGAUCGGGGAGAAUGAAUUGAAAGUGGUUCAGGCACAAUUAGAACAGGCCAAGGAAUCCAUGAGGAACCUGAGUAAGGAAAACCAGAGCAAUGUCAAACAGAAGGACAUGAGAGUCCAGCAGCUGGAGAACGUCCUGGAGGAGCAGGAGGAACAGUUCUCUGAAAAACACCUGAGCUGGGAGACUCAGUUAAAACAGGUGGAGGAUAAAUGCAAACGGGUGCAGAAGCAGAAGAACCAUUUGGCCAAGAUCAAAAAAAGCUGGGAGACGGAUGUCAAGCAGCUGAAAGACCAGAUGAGAGAGAAGGAGGACAAGUUCUCCAAAGACCUGGCCGAAAAACAACUGAGCUGGGAGACAAGAGUCCAGCAGCUUGAGGAGGAGAUGAAGGAGCAGAAGGAGAAGUGCUCCAAAGACCUGACCCAGAAACACCAGCGCUGGGAGACCACGGUUCAUCUGAUGGAGACUCAACUGAAGGAGGCGAAGGAGGAGAAGGACGACCUCGCUCAGACGCAACUGAAGGAGGCGAAGGAGGAGAAGGACGACCUCGCUCAGACGCGACUGAGCUGGGAGGCUAAAGAGAAGAAGAUGGAGGACGAGAAGGCACUUCUGGAGGACCUGUGUCUUCACAUGAAGAGUAAGAGCAGAGGAUUCUUCGCUCGCAAGAGGGCGACUGAGGAAAGGGAUGCCAUUUUGCAGAAGAUGCUGCGCAAGAUGCAAGAGAAGGAGAUGAGAAAGGAAGCAAAGGGGGAGAAAGAGGAGAAGGAGGAGGCUGGACGUCAGUAGCUGUCUUUUCCUCUCCUCUUUCCCUCCUCCCUUUCCCCUCACCUCCUUCCUCCUACCUCACCCCUUACUGCCUUCCCCUUUUCAUACUCAGGGUUUUCUCCUGGAGCUCAGGUUUUCCCACAAUCUGUAUAAUAGAUGUAAAAAAACUCACUAUUAAGUCCCUCCCCCUUUUACUGUACUUCCUGCUACCUCACCC